AUGGAGGCUCGUAGGACCAUGAGGAGCUCCAGCUCCCACAACUUCAAGAGUGGACUGACCCUGUGGCUGAUUCUGUGGCUGGUGGUGGUGAAGCCAGGCGGGUUGUCCGCAUGCCCCAGACUGUGCGUGUGUUACCCUACGCCCAUGACGGUCAGCUGCCAGUCCCAGAACCUCACCAUCGUGCCGGCUGGUGUGCCCUAUGACUCGCAACGUGUUUUUCUGCAGAACAACCGCAUCGCAGAACUUCGCGCGGACUCUUUUGGCUUUGAAACUCAGGUGCUGUGGCUGUACGGCAACAACAUCACAUGGAUCGAGGCCGGGGCCUUCAGUAACCUGAGGGUUCUGGAGGAGCUGGAUCUGGGUGAUAACCCCCUUCUGCGGCGCCUGGAAGGUGGAGCGUUCAGGGGAUUGGAGAAGCUGCAGAGCCUGCACAUGCACCGCUGCAAGCUGGCCGCUCUCCCCCAUGAUCUGUUCCACAAACUGUACAGCUUGCAGUUUCUCUACCUGCAGGAGAAUCAGCUCCACUUUCUGCAGGACGACCUCUUCUCAGAUCUGGUCAACCUCAACCAUCUCUUCUUACACGGGAACCGCAUCCGUGCCCUUUCUGAGAAUGCGUUCAGAGGUCUGGUCAACCUGGACCGCCUCCUCCUCCACGACAACCGCAUCAGGCAGGUCAACCGUCGUGCUUUCCGUGACCUGGGCCGCCUGACCAUGCUUUACCUUUUCAACAACACCCUGGCCGAGAUACCAGGCCAGGCCAUGAAAGACGUCCAGGGCAUCCAAUUCCUGCGUCUGAAUGCCAACCCUUGGUCCUGCGGUUGCGAAGCUCGUCCCCUGUGGGAGUGGUUCCGCGAAGCCCGCAUUGCUUCCUCCGACCUCAUGUGCACCUCCCCCUCCCAGCGUCUGGGCCAAGACCUCCGAUUCCUCCGGGAGCUGGACUUCGCCCUCUGCCCCUUGGCUGACCCCGGCUCCAUGGCUGGAACCACCACGACCACCUUCAGCACCAAGACCCGCUGGUGGUUCUCCAAAAACAAGCCCGCAUCUUCGACCAAGGCCCUGCACCAGAAGAGCUCAGAGACGGUGAAGGCCUUCCCCUUCGGCGCUGUAAAGCCUCAGUUCCCCCCCAAGUCCCCCAUCGAAUCCAUCCCUUUCAAGUAUGAACUGUCGGCCGAUGAAGCGGCACUCCCCAAGCUGGACCCAGAAGAAUACUGGGCCAACUAUGGCAACGAAGACUCCUCCGUCCCCUGCUUCGAGCUGGAGUGCUCCGAAAACUCAGCAUUCCCUUCGUCCUCCCUCUCGCUCAUCGCUCCAUCCAUUCUCCACCUCCUGGCCCUCUCCACAGUCACCUACUCCCUUCAUUUCCUUUUUGGCUGA